AUGGUCAAAGGGCUGAAAGUAAAUAGUGAAACGGGAGAGGAAGAGGUUAAGAAGUUGAUGAAAGAUAUAGGAACAAAAAUUAGAGUAGAAGGGGUGAAGAGGGUAGGAAAAAUGAGGGAAGGGAGGGAAGGCAUGUUUCUAAUGACAUUAGGGUAUGAGGAAGAGAAGUUUGAAGUUAUGGGGGAAAAGAAGUUGCUAAAGGGAAAAUCAGAGAGAAUUGAAGAAGAUCUGAUAUGGCAGGAAAGGAGAAGAAAAUGGUUGAUUGAGCAGAGGGCAUGGGCAGAAAGAAGGAAAGGUAACAAAGUAAAAAUAGGGAGGGAUAGAAUUUGGGUAAACGGAGUGAUGAGGAUCUGGGACGAAGAAAUAGAAGAGUUGAGAACUUGGCAAACAACGCAAGGAAAAGAGAAGGAUAAAGAACAGGUAAAUACGAAGGAAGGAAAUGAGUCGGGGUUUACAAAUUAUAAAAAAGGGGUAAAAAGGAAGCCAGAAAGAGAAAAUGGUCUUGUGAAGGUGGCUUUUUGGAAUUUCUCAGCAUUAAAAAAUAAGGACAAGGGGUUUUCGGGGGAAGUGACAAAAUGGGAUGUAAUAAUGAUGAGUGAAAUAUGGGCGGAUGAGAAAGACUGGAAGGGUAUGAAAAGAAUGUUGCGGAAAGGUUCUGUUUGGACGUUGCAAGAAGCAAAAGAAGAACACAUUAAAGGGAGAGGUAUGGGCGGAAUGGUCUCAGGUGUGAGAAAAGAAUUAGCAGUAAAAGAGGGAAAAGAGGGGGAAAGGGAAGAUAAAAAUGGUACAAUGGUAAUCAGAUUGGGCCCGAGCAUUUCCGGUAAUAGCUUAAUUAAAAGUGGUGACAUGAAGCGAGGCAGUUCGAGAAAGGAAAGAGGGAGAGGAAGGAACAAGAAAAUGGGAACCUGGGAGGUAGAUAAACUGAAAGAGGUUAAAGAAAAUAUGGAAAAGGAGAAGAUUAGGUUGAUAGAAGAGGAGGGAGUAGACUCGUUAAUGGAAAGAUGGAAAGGGUCGAUUGAAAAGGUGAGGGAUGAGCUAGGUAUAAAAACAAACAGAGAAGGGGAAAAAAGAGGCUGGUGGGUUGAGGAAUGUAAGGAGAGUAAAGAGAGAAUGAAAAAGUGUGUAAGAAAACGGAGGACAGGGGGAAUGGAGAAGGGGGAGUACAAUAGGAGAAAACGGGAACAUGAGAGGUUGCUAGAAAGGAAAAAGCAAAGGGAUAAGGAAAAGUACAAGGAAGAAAUAGAAAAAGCGAUCAGAGAGGGUUGGGAUUGGGAUGUGACAAAUAAGGAAAGAGGAGGAAAGAAGGGCGUGAACGAAGAAAUAGAGUUGAAUUGUGCGAAAGGUGUUGAUAGGACUUGUGGUAAACCAAAUCCCGAGGGAUGGAUAGUUGCUAGUACGUCCUAG